UCUUUCCCUCUGCUGGUGCAUUUAUCUUCAUGCAGCUCAACCCAAAGGCUGCAGGAAGAUCAAGACAGAAGAAGAACAGCAGGAAGACAGAAGGCGGAAUCUUUCACUUGACUGUAAGCUAUAAUUACCGGUACAGCGCUUUCUAUCUGUUACAGCAUGCAGGCGCUUCUCGCUCGUGCCAUGAGGGAGAUGUUUGUGCUGGUUUCGCUCGCACUCCUCAGCCGCGUGCCUUCGACCGGCUCUUCUUCAGAUUACGAGUACGCGUGGAGCGCGCGAGGCUACCUCCAGAGCCGCUGCACGGAAAUCCCCGAGGACCUGCGACUCUGCUACGGCAUCGGAUACACGCGCAUGCUGCUGCCCAACCUGCUGGAGCACGAGAGCCUGGCCGAGGUCAAGCAGCAGGCGAGCAGCUGGGUGCCGCUCGUGCACAGGAAGUGUCACGUGGGCACACAGGUUCUUCUGUGCUCGCUCUUUGCGCCAGUGUGUUUGGAGAAAGCAGUUCUUCCUUGCCAGCAGUUCUGCGAGUCUGUGCGUGACGCCUGCAGCCCCAUCAUGGAGGCGUUCGGCUACGUCUGGCCAGAAAUGCUCAACUGCAGCAGGUUUCCACAUGAGGAAAAGGAGUUGUGUAUCAGUUAUAACCACACGGAAACUCCUGAAAAGUCUGAACACACGCCUGCAUGUCCACCAUGUGACUUCGAGAUGAGCCCAGAUGUCAUUCUGGAGAACAUGUGUGCCAGUGAGUUUGCUAUCAGAGCAAAAAUAAAGAAAACGAAAAAAGAGAAUGCGGAUAAGAAGGUGAUGCUACAGAAGAAGAAGAAAGCAGUGCGGGAUGGAGCUCUGAACAAUCAGGAACUCAGGAAGCUGGUGUUGUAUCUAAAAAACGGAGCUGACUGUCCCUGUCCACAACUGAACAAUACAGGAAAUCAUUAUCUCAUCAUGGGACGCAACGUGGGAAAACGCUACUUAAUGACUGGCAUCCACUACUGGGACGAAGAGAACGCAGAGUUCAGGAAACUUCUGAACCAAAUCAAAACCUACAAAUGUCCUACUCGCGAACCCAUUUUCAAAUAACUAAACCCACAAAAAAAUAACACACACUCAAACACUCCUGCCGUGUUCACUCCUUUUACAUGGAAAUUUUGUGCAAUUCUGUAAUUUUGUCUCUCACUCAACACAUCUUUUUAAAACUGAUUAUUAUUAUUAUUAUUAUUAUAAUAAUAAUAUCAUAAAUCCCCAAGAGGAGUGAGUGAUGUGACAAAAAGAGCAUAUUAUGACAAAGAUAACAUGCAUUCUACGAUGCACCACAUGGAUCAUAAGAUACGCAGCAGGUUCAGGAAACAAACUGCCUGCAAAACAGAAGCAUGAAAUACUGAAUCUGAUGAUACUUUUAUUUUAAUAUCUGCAAAAAUGAAUUAAAAACACACACAAAAAAGAAAACCAACUACAACCAGAGUUUGUAAUUAUUUUUAAAACAGUUAAAUGUUAUUGCAAUAUCUGCGGUAUCUCAGAAAAGUGUAACAUCAAUAUUAUAACGUUAUAUCUCUAUGGUCAUAUCGUCCAGCUUUAAUCCACAAUCAAUCCUUUCUUCAUUGCAGUAAUGACCAAUAUAAACCUUUUUUUAAAUCUAUUAUAGAUUAUAUUAUACAUUAUUACAUAAAUAUUUAACAGUUAUUCCACAAAAUCGAGUCGUACAUGAGCUGACAGUCGACGAGGCGCGUAGCACCGAGUUGGCUAUAAGCCAUGUACGAUGAGAUUGAGUGGAAUAACUGUUUUAUUCUAUCCAUGUUCACUGGAUUUUGAGAAACAGAGCAUUUUUAUUUUUUGCAAAUUCAAUAAAUAAAAACUUUAUACAAAACGUCCGACAAAAAUGACAGGAGCAAUUUGUGAAAAAUGCUGCAAUAAUAAUUCUUGAAAAAUAAUUUUAAAAAAGAUACGUUUUUAGCAUCAAAUACUUUCAUUCCAUAUUUUGUUGCUUUUUUUGUUUGGUUGGGUUGUUUUCGAGUAGAAUUUUUAUUUCGUCCUCGGUUGGUUCAGCCGCAUGCGCCGCCAUUUUAUUUUUCUCUACUCAUGGUAUAUGAACUGAUAUUCUAGUAGUAGAGUAGCCAAUCAGAGCGUAUGAUUGCUCAUAUCCAGUGAAUGUAGAGAGAAUAAAUUUGUAUAUAAAAUAUUAAUGAUUUAAUUUGCAUUAUGUAAUCUUCUUUUGGUAAUCUUGGGUCAUGUUUUUUCAGAAAGGAGACAAGACCAAAAUUUUUUAGCUCCAUGUUUUUUAGAUGAGCAUUUUCCUUUUCCGUCACUAUAUAUGUGUUCAUUCAUUCAUUCAUUCAUUUCUAUAUUGUAUUUUACUCAUAUUGUACCAAGAACGUAUUUGCAUUCCAGAUAGGACUUCACUUUCCGUGUACUCACACAUGUUACUCUGCUUCUUCAUUUUAUCAAAAUAUCCCUCAUAACCAUCAUGUGCUGAUAAUCAGAUCCAGUCCCAUCUCAUAUCAGAACAUUCCACAGUGUUCCAUUCGGGAGCAGAAACUCUACAUAGGCAGCAGUUUGGACCAGUGUUUGUGUUUCUGAGAUCAAAACCUUCGGAAGGUGUCUUCCAUGAAAAUAUUAAACUUUAGCUUAAAAUUUAGUGUAUGUGCAAAAUUAAACUGUUAGGUCAUUACUGUAAGCUGCAAAUUUUAUUCUGACAUCUAGGUGUAAAUGUGCCCAAGUUAUCUUACCUGCUUGAAUUACACAUCUGUAUUUUUCAUGAUGACUCUGAUUUGUUAACAUGAUUUUAAUGACAUUUUAAUUAAACUUUGUUGUUUCAUAAAA